UAUAUUAAAGUAUAUUAAAAUAGAAAACCAUUAUUUUAAAUUGUAAUAAUAUUUGACAAUAUUACUUGUUUUGCAUUUUUGAUCAAAUAAAUGUAACCUUGAUGAGCAUAAGAGACCUCUUUAAAAAACAUUAAAAAUCUUACUUUUGAAUGGGUGUGUAAGGACCUGAGGACUGGUGUGAUAUGCUCAGAUUUUCUGGUUCUAGUCAGAAUCUUGGCAGCAGCGUUCUGGAUGAGCUGCAGACUGGUCUUCUUCGGAAGGCCGGUGUGGAGACCAUUACAAUAAUCCACCCGGCUGGUGAUAAAGGCAUGAACAAGUUUCUCCAAGUCUUGACUGGACACAAAACAUCUAAUUCUUGCAAUGUUUUUGAGAUGAUAGUAUGCUGAUUUAGUUACUGCUUUGACAUGACUACUAAAACUGUCUGUCUCCAGAAUCACCCCAAGAUUUUUGACUUGAUUUUUAGUUGUUUGACCCCUAGAGUCAAGGUAUGCAUUCACCUUGAGAACUUCAUCUUUGUUUCCAAAUGCAAUGACUUCAGUUUUCUCCUUGUUUAACUGAAGAAAGUUCUGGCACAUCCAACAGUUUAUUUCAUCAAUGCAUUGGCAGAGGGAGUCAAUGGGGCUAUAGUCAUUUAGAGAUAAGGCUAGGUAAAUCUGGGUAUCAUCAGCAUAGCUGUCAUAGGCAAUUUGGUUCUUUCUCAUUAUUUGACUUAGUGGGAGCAUAUACAGGCUAAACAAGAGUGGUGCAAGAAUUGAGUCUUGUGGGACUCCGCAUGUCAUGGACGUCCACUUAGACUUAUGCUCUCCUAUACUCACAUAAUAACCUCUCCCUUCUAAGUAUGACCUGAACCAUUUGAGUACCAUCCCAGAAAGCCCAACCCAGUUUUCCAGCCCCAACAUACACUUACAAGGACAUUACUACAGUAAUAUUUAACAUGUCUGGCUGACCUUCUGUGCACAAGACCUAUCAAGUCCUGUGAUGCAAGAUCAACUUCACCUGCAACUUCACCUUCAUCAACAGAAACCGAGAGGCACGGAUGAAUUUCAAUGGUGGAUGAGGAGAUUUUAGUAUUUUACACUAGGUUGAUCUCAGGAAAAAGCGGAUGCUUUGUGGAGAACUGAAGCUGUAAUAACUAAUUGAUCCAUCCGUCAUUUAUAGAGAAGAAAUGAGAAUGAACAGUUGAGCAUAUGAUUUCAACAGGCAACCACAGCCAUAGGCAGUUUCACUAUAGGACAGACUGUCACUAUGGUGCCUCUACUCCAACUCUUUUUUCUAAUGCCUCUAAUUAAGCCAAUCACAAAUCAUGUCCAUGGAAACUCUCUUUAUCCUCCAAUCACUCAUUCAAAUCACAGCCUGUUUUCUCAGACUUACACGCUUGUCAGAAAAACUGAUCAUAGAUUGGCAGCCAAUGCUGCGUUAGAAACUGUGAGACCGUUUCUUCAUGGCUUCUAUCAGAAAAGUGUCAUUAAAUCAAGUGGAGAUUCAAAUGAAUGGACUGAAAGCAGAAAUACUGAGGACACAUUGUCAGAAAAAAGGUCACAUACUGACAUAACUGGGUCAAGAGGUAUAUUUUUAUUAUCACCCAAAAACAGAGUCAAAAGAGGUCCUUCCCAAAAUGCCAUAAUACCACAAGAUGCUGCUGGAAAAGAAAAGGAGACUGCUGAUGAGACAAAGUCAGUGACAGAAGAACCAGUCACUGAAUUUGAAGAGAAAGACUUGUCAACAGUUGGGUCAGGUGAUAUGUUAAUACCCAGAGAAAUUGGCUUCGUUGGAUCAUCAACAGAGGCAAUAACAUCUCUUGAUAAAAAGCAUACCCAGUACAGACCGCAAGUUCAGACUGCUUAUAGUGUGCUUGCUAGUUUGGCCACACUACAAACAGAUCCAACAAUCAACCCUUCACUCGGGACCAGUCCUUCUACAACUUCACCACCUAAUGAAAAGCCUGUAUCCACUUCCAGUAGGAUUAGCCAGUUGGACGCCAACAGGACUGAACUGGAAAUAGGUAGGUUGGGGAUAACCACUCCAGCUAAAAUUCAGCCAAGGCAGUUUAUCACUUUACAGUCACAUACUGAAGCCACCUCUCUUAGCACAAGCACAACCAAUCUACAACUAGAGGCACCAUCACUGGGAGUGGACAUCAUUACUUCCAACUAUUCACAACCGAAAAGCACUUCACAGUCAACAAAAUCAGCAAAAAUACCCAAUGAGUCAAACCAGUCAAAGGAGCCAGGAACGAAAAGAACAGUGACUGAUAUAAAGAACACAAAAGACAUACCCACUUUUCUAAGGACUGCCUCCCCUCACCCGACUGGACACGGGCAUUUUCUGUUCUCAGAAAAUGAUGGAAGAUUUACAGAGAAAGACCAGUCAGUCUCACAGGAAAUAGUCCCAUCUCUGAAGUCAAACCCUGCCUCUCCAACCUAUGCCCUACCCAAGGACCCCUGUGCUUCUGGUGUGGGUCCCUGUGUUUUUUCCAAAGAUCAAAACAACAAUGAUAAAUAUGGCGCAACAAAUGGGAGCUUUUUAGUGUGGGCAGACUUAAAACGCACACUUUCAUUUGCAUGGGAGCUCCAUGUAUUUGGUUCUGCUGCCCUUUUCCUUCUGCUGACUGCUGGCUCAGCCCUCGGUUUAGCAUUAUCUCCCAGCUUGAACUGCCCCCACCGUGGUGAACUGAUACUCACCAAUACCCUCUUGCUAGUUGCAGGUGCAGUUAGAGCAGGCUACUUCUUGCUCGACCCAUAUGGGACUCGGCUCCUCCUGCCACCUCCUGUCGUAAUAGCUUUAUACACGCUGCCGUUACCGUUGUUAAUUCUAGCACAGGCUGCAUUAGUGAUACUGGUACUAAAAGAGACAGGGGUAACCUGGCUUCCACCAACACUUCAGCGCCCUCCUCUUUUAGGACUGUUAGCUGUUUUCCAAUGCACUCUUCUACUUGCUGCAGACUUACUUUCCCCUGCGCUUUCUCCUGCUGUUCCCAUUGUCCUUCAGAGCCUCACGCUGACUGCAGGCCUGGUACUGUGUCUAGGCUACCUUUUCUUGGCACUGCCACGCUUCUCUCACACACAUGCAGCUCGGGCAGGGAAUAAGGGUACGGGUGAAGGAAAGGUGCGGGUUUUAGCACGGGUACUGGCAGUGUGCGCUCUUCUUGGGGCGCUGUGCUGUCUGUUGCACAUUUAUGCCUGCUUGUGGCUGUAUGGACUUCUAGGAGACUGGAGGCGCUUUCGUUGGGCAUGGUGGCUCUGUCAGUUCUGGGUACGACUGUUAGAGCUUGCCUGGGCUUUCUGCCUGCUUCUGAUGUCUUCUUGGGUCUUCUGGAGACACAAUGGAGGAGCACCAAGACAGGAAGGAGCUACCACAGCAAGUUUGCCCUCACCCUCCCAAUCAUCAAAUUCUACCAGCAGACAUACAUGCUGGGCGAAGAUUGUGCAGAGCCUCAAGGUAAGGCAACAAAGGAAAUCUGAAAGCAAUGGGAUUGGAGGGUCAAAUAGUGGUGCAGGUGCCGGAGAGUUGCCCAAUAACUGGGCAGGACAGGAGCGAUCAGGGGCAGACAUUAGCAAGAGCCUCAUACGAAAUCGUGAUCCACUCAAAGACAGCAAUCAUUUGCGCAAUCUGAAAGGCAUUGCAGGGGGCUCUGCAGGUUCAUUGCUAAGGCUGCAGGCACUUGCUCAGCCACCUCAGCGCUCUUUAAGCAGCAGUUUGGACAGGGACAAGGAGUCAGCCAUCUCCCUCUGGGAUUUUGACCUGCGCCCGCCAACCCCAAUUGACCUCAGCCGCAGUAUUGAUGAGGCACUUCAUCGUGAGCAUCUAUUAAGGGGUGAAAGUUUGUUCCAGCCACUGCAACUGCCAUCACCUCCUCCGUCUCCGAACCUGUGGAUGCGACGGAAUAGCGACCCUCAAAUCACGCUGUCAUUGAGCAGUGAUGAACACACAUUGCUCACUGAGUCCUCCGCAGGUCUGGAUCGCUCCAUUCCUAGUGCUGUGCCCAGCCGGCAAGUCACAGCGCCCCCCACACCCACUCAUCAGGGCUUUCGUUGGGUCUCUGAGGCACAAGUGCCUUCCUCUUUGUCCUGUCCGGUCUCACUGCACCCUUCCCCGAGCACAAGCCAUGUCCUCAUGCCCAGUGCAGAAAACACAAGGCCGUUUCUAACCCCUGACCUUGACAGUUCACAAUCAAAUACCAGAGGGGGGCAAAGUUACUUGAAAGUCGCUCGAAAUGAUGACUCAGCCAGUGUCAGCAGUGACAUUAUUGACCUUUGAACAUGUCAUGAAGCACAGCAACUCCAGAUUACAACGUAUUCACAUUCUCCAAAAAGUAGAGAUUAUACAUUUAAUCAUGACUUGCUGUUUAAUUGUUGUAUAAUGGCACUUAAAGGGGAAGAGGAACAUACUGUUAAGUGGCUUCAUCAGAUUUUAUUAAAUAGACUGAAAUGUUAAGUGCAAUAUGCACUAUAAAUAUAUGUUUUUCCUUUAAAAGUCUUGUUUACAGUAAUGCAUAUACUAUAGAAGUCUAUGGGGCAAGGCAUACCAGAGGCAGAAGUCUGAAGCUUGUAUUCGCUAUUAUAAUGUUUUCGUACAAAAUGUGUGUUAUUUGAUCUGUAAUCUUGUCGUUUUAGUGGUGGGACCACUAUUUUAGGCAAAAUAACCUCUAGAUGUGAAUUAAUGUAAUUUCUGUUGGUGUACUUGCUCUAAGUAAAAUACUUUGGCAAAAAGUUAGUAGUCUCCUGUUGUUACAUGUUAUAUUUAAGUUUUGUGGCUGUACUUUGCAGUAGUGUGCGUAUUUUAAUGUUUAUUCUGGUGCAGUGCCUUGUCCCAUAGAGCAAUUAAGUGCUACCUUAGCAUGCAUUGUGAGAGCUGUGUCUGGACAGUGUUUUUUCCCCUUUUGCACUGCAUUUGAACAGAAAUUAUACUGGAUGUGCCAGAACAUGUUGACUUUGCACUUCCAGUUUAUUCUUGCAAUGCAGCAUACCUAAAACAUACUAACUGGAGUUGUUUAGUAAAAUAAUUUUGAUAUAAAUGACUUUGAAUUUGGUGGUUGGUAUAUUCAGCGGUUUAGUCAAAAUUUCAACACAGCUGGAUGCUCAACUCAUCACUACUUUAUUAGAUACUGAAGAACUCUUAUGUGAGCAAUAAAUUAUAAAAAGCUGUGAGUAUAACUUAAACAGAUUAUGUAUAUACUAUAUUUUUGUUUGUAAAUAAUGAUGUAUUCUGAUUACAUUUAAUGCAUUUAAUGUGAAUGACAAUCUUUCCUACUGAAAAAAUAUACUGAUCCUGGCAGAAUAAGGACUAAAGAUGCACUAGAUUUCUCCAGGCAUAUCUGUCUUUAGUUCAAUACAACAGAUACAUAUCCUGAGAAAUGUUAAUGUGCACCAUUUAAGUGUGACAUGAAAGGAACGUGAUUAUAUGCUUUAUACAUUUUCUUGUUUUUUAGUUGAAAAGUUUUGUUCCUCUCCCUUUCAUUUAAAAAUGGCAAGGAACAGUUUUAAUAUUACUUUCAUAUUUGCAAAUAAACAAUGUUGUACAUAGAGAUUCCAGUGAGAGGCUGAUGAGCGAGUUUUUGUUUAGUGGUUUGAGUUGCCUAUUCAUUGUCAGUCACCGGCAAUAUAUAGUUGUCGGUGACUGACAAUGAAUAGGCAACUCAAACCACUAAAGAGGUUUAAGAGGUUUCCCUCUUAAAAAAAUAAAUAAAUAACAAAUAAAAAUCAGUGCCAUAGCAGAAAACAAACACUUUGACUUAACCAGGCACUCUCUGUGCUUGUAUUGUGCUGUGCCAUAUUUUGAUUGAAUUAUUUUCGUUUUAUUCUUUACAGCUAAAGUCUGCUUUCUAUGCAAAUUUGACUUUAUAGAAUGCAUUGUUGCAUGGUACAACUGACAUUGUGCUGUUGCCAAUUGUGGAAAGCAGGCGUGCUGUUAUUGAUCACAGCAGCAGUAAUUCAUCAAAUGAUGCUCAAAAAAUGUAGAAGCACAUUGUAGCUGGGCAAGCCAUCACACAUGGUAAACUGUCAGGCACAAUUUAGCCAUUUUAAAGAAAUGAUUCAGAACCCUGGCCUGCAGUAGUUGGAGUAUUACUGUACAGUCCCAGCAAAUUAUGCAGUAGUGUGUCGUAUUCACCACAACUUAAUACUCAGAACUGGCCUGCAAGCUGGGGAACUGCAUCAGACAGGUUUACCAUUUCCUGAUUUGCCAAGUUUUUUGUGGGUCCUAGAAUUAAGCAGACAGUGCCUUAAAAACAAAACAUGGGCACUAGUCAUUCUUACUGAAUUUUCCCCCUGAAUUAUUUAUUUAUUUAUUGUCUCAAUGCAUUUUUGUGUGGUCAAGUUAGCUUUUGAAUAAAACAAAUGAAAAUA